AUGCAGGUGACGACGAAAGCGACUCCGCCUCCCGGCUUCGAAUUCGUUCCCAUCGGUAACCCGGCGUUGAUGACGGCCUGUAAAGAGCUCUCACGGGAGAAGGGGGCUAUGAUAUUCAUCAAUACUAAAGAGAUCGACCCCAAUCACCUUUCUCACCACGUCCAUCGGACGGGCCACCACAUUCGGGAGGCCAUCGUCGACGAGGCCAGGGCCAGCUUGGAGCACUUACCUGACGGUGGUGUCCAAGCGAAUGAUGGCAUCCCGGAGCCCCUUCCGGCAACUCAAGAAGAGUACACGACCCAGGCUAAUGCAGCUAUUCUCGACCUGUUCCCGCGGAUACCGCACACGGACCGCCAGUCAAUCAUCGCACAUGCGUUCAAUCUGGCCUCGAUAAAUCAACGCCCGAAACCUGUAGGCCUAUGCACUGACAUAACUUUGUCGCGGCGCGCACAGCUCGCAGUUUUAGCGCAUAUCCGGCAUACGCAUACCCGCUAUGACCAUCUGUUGAAAGAGACAACCUGGCAGAACGCCAGGAAAGUCGUCGAGUCCUUGUGCCUGGACAUCCUCGUCAAGUGGCGAGGGGAUGAGGAGACCGGCCGGGACCAGCUAGAUGAGAUUCUUCGUGAAGUUGUCGUCAUCUCAGAUUCGGACUCUGGCGAGUCUGACGACGAAGAUGAAGAAGAUGACACUGAAGACUCGUCGAUUGACGAGGUCAUGAACCCAGGCCAGCCGACCGGACCUGACCACCCUUACAUGGGGUCUUGGCAAGGCAGACCGCCUCGGGAGCAACCGCCGUCUGGCAGGAUCCAGCCACCCCAAAGUCUCCAGGCACCACUACCAGUGAUUCCCGGGAGAGAUGACCGCCACAUGGCCAUCCCUCAGCCGACGACGGGAAGGAAGGAGCAGCGGGGUUUUAAGAGAUACCGUGCUUGGGAGGAGGCCAUCCGGAGAAACCGCGACGAGGACGACGACGAAGAUGACGACGACGAUCCGCGGCAACCCCCCCCGCAGCAUAUGCUGGAUAAUGCCGUCAGUAGUGGUCCCUGGACAUCAUAUCACAGCCCUGUGAACGCCGUGCCAAGGCUUGCCGCUGCUGGCCCAGCAAUGGGAGGAGUUGGAAAUGUGCCGGGUUCCAACGGCUUCGUCCAGCCCAGGCCUUACACUUCUCUAGCUCCUCCGGCUAGCCCUCCAGCCCGAAACCCGGGUGGUGAUAACGUAACAUUGUAUCCUGCUGAACAUAGGCGCACGUUGGUGCCUUCUGGGCAGCCACAUUAUAAUCACGCUCCCCCCACGACCAUGAUGAUGGACGGGCUUCAGGACAUGCUCGUUCCUUCCAUCGAGCCGGCCUCCCCCGAAGCCGCCAUGCCGCCUUCCUUUGGCCAACCUACCAUCGGCCGAUGGCCGCUGAACCUCUUCCUCAUCCUCCUCAGCAGCCGGGCACUAUCUCGGCAGUUCCGCUACCCCAGCAGAGAGCCCCCGUGGGCGCAGGUCGGUCAAGACCGCAACCGAGUCAAUUUCGCAUGGAGGACCGAGGCGGUUUUCUUGAAAGAGUCCACGAACCGGUCGACGAGUACACAGGUGUCUCUAUACCCGGGCAGAGACCGCCGCCUUUCCCUGGGGUUGCACACCGCCACUGGACACCACCACCACCACAACUAG